CCCUGUCCCUGAGGUUGCCUGCUCCACACACCCCUUCUAAUCUUAGGGUCACCAAGGUUAGCCUGCUCCCCUCUCCUGGUUGCCAGAGGCCUGGGCACUGGGCCACUUUCUCACCCUCCAGCCAGGGUUAAACAUUAGUGGGAGAUUAUCUGCAGGCCUAGGUGAAGGAGAGGGGACAAGUUACAAGUUGGAUAGUCUCCUUUGUGGAGCUGUGGAGCUGCCACCUGCUGGGUCCUGUCUUAGCCCAGACAAUGCCUGUGGAGGAGUUUGUGGCUGGCUGGAUUUCAGGAGCUCUGGGCCUGGUCAUGGGCUACCCUUUUGACACUGUAAAGGUGCGGCUGCAAACCCAGAAUACAUACCGGGGCAUCAUGGACUGCAUGAUCAAGAUUUACCGCCAUGAGUCGGUCCUGGGCUUCUACAAGGGAAUGAGCUUCCCGAUUGCCAGUAUAGGCAUGGUCAACUCUGUCCUGUUUGGGGUCUAUAGCAACACCCUACAGGCCCUCACAUCCACCUCCCACCAGGACCGGCGGGCCCAGCUGCCCAGCUACACCUGCAUCUUCAUAGCAGGCUGCACCGGUGGCUUCCUGCAGGCCUACUCCCUGGCCCCAUUUGACAUCAUCAAAGUCCGUCUACAAAACCAGACAGAGUCCAGGGUGCGGCCAGGGAGCCCCCUGCCCCGGUAUCAGGGGCCCAUGCACUGUGCAGCCACCAUCUUGCGUGAGGAGGGAUUCCGGGGGCUGUUCCGAGGAUCUGGGGCUCUGAUGCUAAGGGACACUCCCACAUUGGGAUUGUACUUCAUCACCUAUGAAGGGCUCUGUUACCAGUACACCCCAACUGGCCAGCAACCCAGCUCAACCACAGUGCUGGUGGCAGGGGGCUUUGCAGGCAUUGCCUCCUGGAUCACAGCCACACCCUUCGAUGUGAUCAAGGCCCGGAUGCAGAUGGGUGGUGUGAAGCAGAAAGCAUACAAGGGGAUGUUGGACUGCAUUGUGACCAGCUUCCGGCAGGAGGGCCUAGGCGUCUUUUUCCGGGGCUUUACCAUCAACAGUGCCCGUGCCUUUCCGGUCAACGCUGUCACCUUCCUCAGCUAUGAAUACCUGCUGCGCAUGUGGGGAUAAGCCUGGCCAGGCAAGACCAGCAACCCUGGAAACCUGAGGCUGGGCAGUUGGGGGCGAGGAGCCUUAGUGUCCAUCCAGGCCCCACCCAACCCCACUGGCCUCAGCUCCUUGGCUUCCAAAGCAGCACGGGGCAUAAAGGACUAGAACUGGCUGGUGGAGUAGGUGACCGCCCAGCCCUGGCCUGACCCUCUGCCCCAGGGUUUCCUGUCUCAAGCUACGUGGCCUUUGGGUUCCACAAACAACAUACUUAGCUCUCAGCCUGCCUUUCAGACCUCUCCUUGUGUGGUCAUCUUGGGACCCAAACUUUGUUUUCUUGUCUGGAAUCCUUCUGGGGCUCCCAGUAGCUGCUUCACCACCUGGCUGUCCCUUCCCAUUAGGCUUCCUUCUCCCUCAGUCACUGUGGACCUAAACUCAUUGGCAACUCAGGACCCAGGCCUGCGAGCCUUCUUCCCUCUGGCCAGCAGGAGGGAGCCCACGAGGUGCCUCCACCUCUCUGGGUGACUGGGCCUCCAAGGGCCAGCCAGCCUGCCUGCAUAUUUUGAUGUGGGUGUACUGGGAAUUGAAUCUAGGGCCUUUGCACUGGGAUACUUUCUCACUUUUAAGUGGUUAAAUUGCCAGGGCUGGGUUCCAAUUUGUAAUCUUUCUGCCUCAGUCUCCUGAUUGCUGGGAUUACAAGUGUGUGCCACCAGGCUCCAUUGGAGAAGGUUCCUCUAGUUGAUAAGGCUGAACAGCUGGGAAUGGUGCCACAAGCCUGCAUUAUCAAUUAAAGGAACCCUCUAUUUAAAAUCAAGUUUAUUGGUACAUUUUAGCUAUCCAUAAUGAUCACAUUCAUUAUAGGGAAUUUGUACCUGUUCAUAUGUC